UAGACUCCUAGUAGAGGAUCAUCAAAGCACCUAUAAUAUUAUUUUAUUAUAGCGAGAAGAAAAGACGGUUAGAUUUGUAGUGGUAUAGAGUAUGCAAUUGAAAGUCAGAUUACACCCAAUGCUAACCCAAACUUUCACUCUCUCAACCUCAACGCCUAUUCUUCUUAUUCUGCCUUUCAAUCAAUCUCACCCUCUUCUUCUCUUCUGGGAUUCCAUCUAUACUUAGGCUUCCUUGCCCCUCCCCCUCCCCCUAAUCUAUACAUAUUAAUCCCAAUUCAGUUGAGCUUCACUGCUUCAAUUUUCAGAGCUCUAAUGGCCAAGAAGCGGGUGGCACCGGACAGGAAGAAGGCGUUGAAGAAAAUUGAUAAUAUACCAAAGUGUUCUCAACAACCAAGGAGCUCUCCACCCAAACGCCGCACUGAUUUCUCUUCCUUCUUCUGCAAAUCAAUUUCUCUAUUCAAUUCAGACUCCUUGUUGCUUGAAAAGAAUGCAGAGGGAAAAGAGUUGUUUCCGAGUUCUAUAGUUCGAUGCAGCAAGUCCCAGGAGGAAGGAUCUGGAUUCUCCUCUAAUUCCACAGAAGCUUCAUUUCUAGAAGUUGAAUUAGUAGGCCAAGAUGCUCUAUUGGAGUCUUCUGAUAGCAGGGAAGUUGGUAAAGAUGGAAGUGAUGCAUCUCCAGUGAGCGUUGCAUGGGCGAAAUCACACAAAAUGUGGUGGUCUGCUGAGGACAUGCUACAAAAGGAACACCAUAUAUUGAGCAGUGAGUUGAUUAAGAGAUCUGCUGCUUCUAAUCAUUCAGACGAACAGGAUUUUUCCUCUGAUAAAUCUACUUUAUCAUCAAACAGAGCAGAGGAUGAUAUCAUUGAAAGAGGCAGGGGUAAGAGGGAACGAAAACCUAAACUUCACUUCGACGACAUUACAUGUCCACUGAACCCAGAACGGAAAGUUCGCCGACUUAGGAUAAUGCGAUAUCUUGGUCUUACACCACCAGUUGGCUCUCCAUUCUAAAGCUACUUGCUUCAAGAAUUGCUUCGAGAGUUCCCGAGCAGUGCAGAUUUGAAUAUUUAUAUUCUUUUUCUGGUUUCCAAGGUGUAUAAUAUUUCUUGUUUAUGCUUGUGAGGAUCACUUGGUCAUCUAAUUAAUUAGUUUGCCUCUGUAAAGAAUUAAUUGCCACUUAGUUUAAGCAUAUAGUUAUUUUUUGUUCAGAGUUUUGUGAACUUUCGGCUUGACCCAUUUUAUCUUUCCGAAUAUGCAUAAACUUCAUCCAAUAUAGAAAGAUAUAGAAUUGGCAAUAUUUAUCCUCGA